AAGUGAGCACCCCUCAUUUCAUUAUCAAUCAAGUACUUGCAAUUAUUUGUAAGUGAGAGAUUAACAAAGAUAGAAAUUUCCAUUUUGAGAAAAAAAAAGGAGAUGGCUAUUGCUGGUCAUUGGGCAUUUGUUUUUGGUGUCCUUGGAAAUAUUAUCUCGUUUAUUGUUUUCCUUUCUCCAAUACCAACAUUUAAUAAAAUUUACAAGAAGAAAUCAACUGAAGGAUAUCAAUCAAUUCCAUACGUGAUUGCUCUCUUUAGCUGCAUGCUUUGGAUUUACUAUGCAUUUUUGAAGACAAACACAACACUUCUCAUAACAAUUAACUCAUUUGGAAUGCUCAUUGAAACUAUCUACGUUAGCCUCUUCCUUUACUAUGCACCAAAGAAAGCCAGGGUUAAUACUGUGAAAAUGCUACUUUUAACCGUUGUUGGUGGAUUUGGUGCAAUAAUCCUAGUUACUCAAUUUUUAUUCAAAGGAGUUGUUCGUGGACAAAUUGUUGGAUGGAUUUGCCUUAUUUUCUCCUUAUGUGUAUUUGUUGCACCCUUAGGCAUUGUGAGACAAGUUAUUAAAACAAAGAGUGUGGAAUACAUGCCAAUUCUUCUAUCAGUUUUUCUAACAAUAAGUGCUGUGAUGUGGUUUUUCUACGGUCUUCUACUAAAAGAUGUUAACAUUGCUGCUCCAAAUAUAUUGGGAUUCAUUUUUGGUAUACUCCAAAUGAUUCUCUAUGCGAUGUAUCGCAAAAAACAUAAGCCCAUCGUUAACGUUAAUGUUGAGGUGCAAAAUCCAGUUAUAAUAUUGGACGAUAACAAGAAGAUUCCAGAAUUAACCGAAGAACAAAUAAUCGAUAUAGUGAAGCUUGGUAAAUUGGUUUGUUCUGGAAAAAUUCAAAUGGCUUCAACUCUGAAUCAAAAUGCAUCUAAAGAAGUGAAGCAGCAAACUGAGGAGGCUUAAGACUUUUGUAAACCUAAAAAGAUGCAUGUGUAUCGAUUAUUUUUAACAAAAUUCCCCACUGUGUUUUGAUGGGAAUCAAGUUUGUUAAGUGUGUUGUAAUUAAGUUUCAACUCAUGUAAUUUCAUUUCUCAAUUAAAUUUCAAAGCUCCCUUAAUCUUGGGAUUUUUUGUUUAA